AUGAUCCCUGGUAGUUUCAACUUUGGAUCUGAUGGAGAGGGCGAGCCGAUCGAAACUACUCUAGGAAUAAUUUCGAACUCCCGAGAGAAGGGCCAAGAACACGCUGACUCAGAAUAUCGUGCCACGAACUUACAGCGUGCGGGAUCCAAGCGUAAACGGCAGGAAGACUCUGACUUGAUGGAAAAGAUCAAUUGGAAUACGGAGUCAGCUCAGGAUUCCCAUAAACCGGCUGAUGUUAACACCAACAUUGAUAUCGGGAUUUCACUUGAAGGGCCGCCUUCAUUUAAAAGGUCGCGUGAUGAUACUAAAAACACAAAUGAUAUGCAAGGUCGGGAUUCCAGAGGAGCGGAAUGUUUAGAAUAUGACGAUAGGAAUAAAGUUAGAAUUAUUGCGCCAACGUCAUUUGAUGAUAUCCAAGAUACCGCACGUAAUAUAAAUCACAGUCUGGCAAAAGAGCUUGAGAAUGCAUAUUCUAUCAUCAGGUUGUAUGAGAGCCAUGAACAGGAUACCCAGGACACCCAGAAAACCAAUACAAGUACUUUACGUUCAGAGGAUCUUGCCAAUGAAAUGAAUGGAAACGUCAGUCUCCAGCAGGAACGAGAUUCUAUACAAGAAACCUUUGUGGAAAUGCUUCGAGUCCAUGGUUCUACAACGGAACAUACCGAGUUAGAGAAGCCACAGGAAGCACUUGAUUCUGAAAAGGCGCAAUACCAGCUAUUUGAGAAACAACUACAGGAUGCGAACAUUGCGACACAAGAAAUGGAGAAGAAAUUGCAUCAAACUCAGAUUGAACUACGGAACAUGGCAAAUGAACUCACUGAGGCAAAGGGUGGGCUUAUUGAUUCUGAGGAACGCUUGAUAAAAUUGCAGGCAGACUUCGAAAAGUCCGACAUGGAAAAGAUGAAUGCUCUAUAUUCUGCCAACCAGUUGGCUGAAUACUACCGGACCCUCUUGAUUGAGGAAAAGAAUCACUGCAACACUAUUUCUGCCAGAAAUGAGGAGCAGAUAGCCGAAAUUAUCAAGCGCGCAGACGAAGAACUCGCGGAUAGCUGCUUGCUUGUUGAAGAAACUGCUCAGAUAUAUGAAGCUACAUUGGAAGACCGCCAUAGGAGAGAAGUAGCCGAGAAAUGUAAGGCCGAAGUCGAGAAAGCGGCGGCUAUGGCAAAACAGUCCCAAGAUGCUCUUGCAUCCAAGGAAGUCGAACUUCGGGAAGCAAAGCUAGCCAUUAGUCAACAGAAACAUGAGCUGGACGCUUCCCUUGAAAGCCGGCGACUUCUUGAGGGUGAAUGCGAGCGUAUCCUACAACAAAUGGAUGACAUCCAGAAGAAUUACAAUGGUAAACUAGCAGAUCAGAGGGAGCGCGCAGAGGCCCAUCGCUUGGAGAUCUCGCAACUUGAUGAAGUUAUUCGUGACCUGCAAGCCCAACUAAGACAAUCGGGUCGUAACGAGCAGUCCGACAAACGAAGACUAGAGGAAGAACUUCGAGCCACUAAAAGAUCUAAUGAACAAGAGCGCCUUAAACUCCUCACUGAUCACUCUUCAAAACUCAACGCCCAGUCACGAGAGCAUCAAAUCGAGGUGGAUUGCCUUCGGGAAGAAGAAAGAGCUAUGAAAAACCAGCUUGCGGAUGUCAACAUCCUCUUGCAGGAGAAAAGUGAAUUAGUCAUCUCAUUAGAACAAUCCAAGCUCGGCUUGGAGACGGAACUGGAUAAUCAAGCAAGGAAGAUGGAGGAGUUGGUAACUGCACAAAAUACUGUGCAAAAUGAACUGGAACAAUUUCGUAGUCAAUGUGAGCAGCUUUCCAAGAUAGUUGAACAGCAAGCCAAGGAUAUCGCAGAAGAAGAAUCAAUGGUAGUGACACUCAAUCGCGAAGUGGAAAGACUUACAAAUGCUCAAAAGAGCGAGGAUAUCUAUGAAGUAGAGAAUAAUACCACUAUUACAUCUGAACACGGUCACCCCAAUCGUGUUGACAAGGGAAAGGGUAAAGAACGAGAAAGGACACCUGUCCUAGACCAUAUGCUUAGAGAAGUCCGUUGCUACAUGAAUAAACUUUUGGAAAUUAAGCAGGAUUCCAGCAUCACAACUGCCUAUGAAAAUGGCCACUUUAUUACCGAGGAAGAAUACGAAGCUUUUGAAGAAGGCACAAUGGAUUUUGAGGAUAUUUCCAUCGACUUCCUUAGACCAUAUUGGAAAAAGCCGAAAUGCUCUUACAAUGCACUGUUGGCUGAAGACUUCACUGAAAAAUUUGUCGCUGAAAAUCCUGAGUUUGAAGAUCACAGGGAGGAAGUUUCGACUCACUUUAUUCAACGAAUUGGUUCUUUGAAAGCCCAUCUCUCUCUAGCAUUGUCGAAAGCAGGGGAAUCCGAAGCACAGCGUCAAGAAUGCACAGCAAGAAAAAAUAAAGCCGUCCGUCAAAAUACUUGGCGAUAUAAUGGUUACAACCGCCGUGUAGCCGAUGUAAAAGCACGUGCCGAAAUAGAUCCAGCAUACGCACCAGUACUUGAAACCAUCGAAUGCCUCGGAGAGUAUGGCUACAGCUCUGACGAGACGGAUACCAGCGUCCCCAGAGGACAAGGCUACCUUGUAAGACGAAAAUUGUGGCGAAACAAAAAGUUACGACGCGUUAUAAAGAUGGCAAAUGAUUGCCGUAGAACAACAAAUAUCAAUGGCAAUAGCUUGCCAGGGGCACAACAAAGACCUCGCCGUUAUCAUGAUAGCUAUGGACCAAUCAGUGCAGCACCGGAACCUGUUGGAAAGCCCAUCAAUUAUUACGACUCUGAUUUCUUGGACGAGCUCUCAGCAACAGAAUUUAGAGUGCUGAGACCCACUAGCCCUCGCCCAUUUAUCGGAGAGGAAGAUGAAGAUUAA